CCCUCCUCAGUCACGUCCAUCCAGAACAGUGAUGUCACCAGGCACGGUGUGUCGUUGGCAUGGCAACAGCCCGACCGGCCCAACGGGGUCAUCCUUGAGUACGAGGUCAAGUACUACGAGAAGGUGAGGUGUCUCGUGGGAACCGCCGUUCAGAAAUCAGAUAUCCUAUGGAAACCUAUUGUAACUGUGUGUUUGUGUGUGUGUAUAAGUGUUCACGUGCUUCAACUGCUUCAACUGUUAUCAAUAGACCUAUAAAAUAACCAAUAAACUAUCUUCAAAGCUUUCCUUUUUUAUGACACAGAAAAGGAUAGAGGGAGAAAUGGAGCAGGUUGACGUUUAUUGUCAUGAGUCUUAUCCUGGAGGCAGAAAUUAGUGACUUCCCAUUAGAUAGGCCAGCUGCAAAAUUGGCUAUAUUGUAAAAAUUCAUGAAAACAAAAAUGUCCUUUUUGGUCUUAAUUUAAGUUUAGGGUUAGGCUUUAGCAUUAGCAGUGUGGUUAGGUUUAGGGUUAACAUCUGAUUUAGUGACUUUGUGGCUGUGCCAGCUAGUGACCACUAUGCAGAGCUGCCUCCAGAACACGAUUCAUGACGAAAAACGCUAACCUGCAGAAAGUGAGGGAGAGAUAAUACGAGAUAAAAUAUAUUGGGAGUUGGGAGAGAAAAAGAGAGAGAGUUUGAGGCAAUGUAGAUAAGAGAUGAGCAGGCUGUGGGAGUGAUUUGUGACUUGGUGUGGUGAUAUGUUUGUGUGUUUCCUUGCUAGGAGAGGGAUUUCCCUCCAGACCCACACAGAAAACAUUGUUCUGCAACUUCAAGUUACAUUUUAGAAUCAUGUUCUCAUCGCUUACCCAUUUUCUUUACGCUUGCCAAUUAUAAUGGGGUGUAUUUUAGUAUGCUGUACUCUAUAUUGGAACGCUUCAUAUAGUUGACAUUGACACAUCCCUCACCUCUUUUCCUCUCGUCCAAUCAGGAUCAGAAGGAGAGGUCCUACCGCAUUAUGAAGACGGCAUCCCGUAGUGCUGAUAUCACUGGGCUGAGCCCACUGACUGUGUACGUAUUUCACGUGCGCGCUCGCACCGCCGCCGGAUACGGAGAGUUCAGCGCCCCCUUUGAGUUUUCCACCAACUCAGGUACAACACUAUGUUCUAUUAUUUUAUUAACUAUUCUAUUCUUUAUAGAGCAAGAGAUAUUGAGAAAAAUUUUUUACCUGUUGUGAAUGAAAACGUCCUGGUUUGUGACAUGUUGUAUCCUCCCCCUGUCAGAUCCCUUGCCUCUGAUUGGUAAUGCCGCUAACUCCACGCUUCUCCUGCUGUCAAUCAGCGGGGGUGUGGUUCUACUGCUCAUCUCUUCCACAGUCUUCAUCAUCAGCCGCAGGUACACACACACACACACACACACACACACACACACACACACACACACAGCCACAGGUAAACACACAUUCUUGUGUGUGCAUGUGUGUAUCACCUGGGUCAAUGGAGGGGAGUUAGAGAGGAAACAGUGUGUCCUAAAGGAGUCAGUGUGUCCUAAAGGAGAGUGUGUCCUAAAGGAGAUAUUGUGUCCUAAAGGAGAGAGUGUGGCCUACAGGAGGCUGAGUGUCCUAAAGGAGAGUGUGUCCUAAAGGAGAGUGUGUCCUAAAUGAGUGUGUGUCCUAAAGGAGAGUGUGUCCUAAAAGAGAGAGUGUGUCCUAAAGGAGAAAGUGUGUCCUAAAGGAUAGUGUGUCCUAAAGGUGUGUGUGUCCUAAAGGAGAGUGUGUCCUAAAGGAGAGUGUGUCCUAAAGGAGGCAGUGUGUCCUAAAUAAGGCAGUGUGUCCUAAAGGAGGCAGUGUGUCCUAAAGGAGACAGUGUGUCCUAAAGGUGUGUGUGUCCUAAAGGAGAGUGUGUCCUAAAGGAGAGUGUGUCCUAAAGGAGAGUGUGUCCUAAAGGAGAGUGUGUCCUAAAGGAGACAGUGUGUCCUAAAGGAGAGUGUGUCCUAAAGGAGAGUGUGUCCUAAAGGAGGCAGUGUGUCUUAAAGGAGGCAGUGUGUCCUAAAGGAGAGUGUGUCCUAAAGGAGAGUGUGUCCUAAAGGAGAGUGUGUCCUAAAGGAGAGUGUGUCCUAAAGGAGGCAGUGUGUCCUAAAGGAGGCAGUGUGUCCUAAAGGAGAUUGUGUCCUAAAGGCCUGAUUGCUCACCUGGUUAUCCCCUUGUCCCUGACUUAUCAUUAGUGUCCACAACAACACAGCCCCUGUAUCAGCUUCCCCUUGCGUCCUCACACACACACACACACACACACACACACACACACACACACACACACACACCUCUCCCUUGAGGCUGCUUUUUACUGAGAGUGGCUCUCAGGACUAAGGCAUCACACACGUGCACACACCGCUUCAAGACUCAAUGGGUAGUGUUAAAGACAGGUUCUGUAAGAUAACACCUUUCUUCCUGUAUAACCCAUUAGUCACUAUUCUCCUCCAUCUCCCUCUCUUUCUUCUCCUCCUGUUGACUAGCUGUGUUCUGUUCCCCUAACUACUUCAUCCUCUACCUCUCUUCUUUCAGGAGGGGACAAUACAGCAAAGCUAAGCAGGACUUAGAGGAGGAGAAACAUUUAAACCCAGGUAAGACCACACACACAAACAAACAUGCCCGAGCGCAUACUCAUGCGGGCAUUCCUCCAUCCCUUCCAAUUCAUUUUCUCAAACCAUCUCCCUUCCCCUCCCUCCCUCCCGCCCUCCCUCUCUCCAUCUGAAGGUGUGAGGAUAUACGUGGAUCCGUUCACCUAUGAGGACCCGGACCAGGCUGUCCAUGAGUUUGCCAAAGAGAUUGACUUCUCCAACAUACACAUAGAGAAAGUCAUUGGCAUCGGUAAGGGAGCCUGACACACACACACACAGUUAAUCAUCAAGGUGCACAGGUGUGUGUGAUACAAAUGCUGUGUGUGCGUGUGUGUGUGUGUGUGUGUGCGUGCGUGCGUGCGUGCGUGCGUGUGUGCGUGCGUGCGUGCGUUGUAGGUGAGUUUGGGGAGGUGUGUAGUUAUUUAUACUGUGUGUAUCUGUGUGUGUUGUAGGUGAGUUUGGGGAGGUGUGUAGUGGUCGUCUGCGACUCCAGGGGAAGAGAGAGAUCUACGUGGCCAUAAAGAGUCUGAAGGCAGGAUACACCGACAAACAGAGGCGGGACUUCCUCUCUGAGGCCAGUAUCAUGGGACAGUUCGACCACCCAAACAUCAUCAGACUGGAGGGUGUGGUCACACGAUGUGAGUGAUUGACAGCUACUUUGACCAAUCUAAGCAGAGACUUACAGGUUCUUUCUUCAUUUAUAAAGAAAACGCAGAGAACCCAAAGCUGAUCCUUGUGGAACACCACUCUGGCUUAAUCGCUGCUUGUUUGUCUCCUGUGCAGGUAACCCAGUGAUGAUCAUCACAGAGUACAUGGAGAAUGGAUCCCUCAACACCUUCCUCAGGGUAAGAGGGGGAACGAGAGAGAGUCUGUGUAUUUCUGUGUUUAUACUGUAAACUCUAUUCUAAGGUCUAUAUUGUCUCUCUCCAUUAGAAACACGACGGUCAGUUCACAGUGAUCCAGCUGGUGGGCAUGCUGCGUGGCAUCGCGUCGGGCAUGAAGUACCUGUCUGACAUGAGCUACGUUCACCGAGACCUGGCCGCCCGCAACAUCCUGGUCAACAGCAACCUGGUGUGUAAGGUGUCUGAUUUCGGCCUGUCACGAGAACUGGAGGACGACCCUGAGGCAGCUUACACCACACGGGUAAGAACACACAGGAAAGAACAUAGAACCUAAACAUAUUACAUGUCUGGAGUAAUGAUUUAUUAUGCAAGAUAAGUUAAGGUUUCAAUGAUUGUAAGAUCACUCAUCUUUGAAAUGUGGGUCCUUAGCACCUUAAUGCUUGACUGUGGAUCCUCAUUUCUAAUUUUCUCAUUCUCUUCCCAUGUGUUACAGGAGGUGACUGGGACAUACCACUCUCCAGGGGGGAAGAUCCCCAUCAGAUGGACUGCUCCAGAGGCCAUCGCCUACAGGAAGUUCACUCCAGCCUCCGACACAUGGAGCUACGGUGUGGUCAUGUGGGAGGUGAUGUCAUAUGGAGAACGGCCAUAUUGGGACAUGAGUAACCAGGAUGUAAGCGUGUGUUAAAACUCAAAAACAGGACAUUCGCCUGAAUGUGAGACAGAAACAAAGUUCAGCAGUUAGACAAAGUUAGUUAAACAUGCUUUCUUACCCUCUUCAUCCCUCUCUCCCCCUCUCUCUAGGUGAUAAAAGCGAUAGAUGAGGGUUAUCGUCUGCCCCCGCCUAUGGACUGUCCAGUGUGUCUGCACCAGCUGAUGUUAGACUGCUGGCAGAGAGACAGAACACACAGACCCAGCUUCACGCAGAUCCUCAACAUGCUGGAUAAACUAAUCCGCAACCCAACCACCACACUGAGGAGGACAGGAGGAGAGAGGUGCACACACAGAGGAAACCAUGUCUUUCAUUGCAGGCACUUUCAGUGUUUUUUUCAGGAUAACAUGGACUGUCUAUAACUCAUCCUCUUUCUUUAUAUCUCUGUGCAGGCCUGUUCCCACUCUGUUGGAGCCUGUAGUAUGUCCAGAGUUUGUGUCAGUGUGGUCAGUAGAAUACUGGCUCCAGGCUAUAGGGAUGGACAUGUACAGAGACACCCUCACUGCUGCUGGAUACACCAGUCCUGACAGCCUGCUAACCCUCACACAGCAGUGAGUCUGUUUCUCUCUAUCUCUCUCUCUCUUUCUCUCUCUGUCUCUCUGUCUCUCUCUCUCUCUCUCUCUCUCUCUCUCUCUCUCUCUCUCUCUGUCUCUGUCUCUGUCUGUCUCUGUCUCUCUCUCUCUCUCUCUCUCUCUGUUUCUCUCUCCCCCCCACCCUCUCUCUAUCUGUUUCUCACUCUCUGUAUCUCUCUCUCUCUGUCUCCCCCCCCCCCCCCCCCCACCCUCUCGCUCUCUUUUUCUGUGUGUACGUGUGCAUGCUCUGUUCAACUCCCAACGUGUCUAACUGUGUGUUGUUAUAUGUUUACAGGGACAUGGCCAGUAUAGGAAUCGUCACACCAUCACACCAGGACCAGAUCCUUGCCAGUGUGCAGCAGGUAUUGCUGUCCCACAUGCAACAAAUACAGGAACAGAUGCAGGACAGUAUGGUUCCCGUC